AGACAAGAUUUUAAAGCUGUUCUCUCAGGCUCACCCAUGUAGAAAACUUCUCCUUUCCACUGGACUCUGUCAAAGGUAAGAAAGAACCACCCUUCCAAACUCUCUUGUUUUUUUUAAUGUGCAAAAGCUUUGUGACUGUAGCAAUCCUUGAAUGACAGGCUGGAAACAUUAAAUCACACCCGGAAGAGGCCUUUAGUGUUUGCAGAAGUGGGACAGACGAAAAUAUGGGGUGUUAAGAGGGUUUGAGAUUGGGGUUCACCCUUCUUCUUCUUCUUCUCCUCCUCCUCCUCCUUCUCUCUCUCACACACACAAACCACUUUUCAGGAAAGCCUCCAGGAAACCCCUCCCUCUCACACAGACACAGAAACACACAACACACGGGCCUUUGUUAUUUUCCUAUAAUCCAAGACAUGUGUGCCAGAAUUGGAAGCAGCUGCAAAAGAAGAGAGCGGGAAGGCCAAAGAAGCAUCCUAUUUGCUAAGAACGUGAUUGGAAACUGUCCUGUUUGUUUUGGGGGCAGAGGGGUGAGUGAGUUUAUACCCGUCCAAUCUCUGUUUAGCAAGAAUAUGAAAGAGAAAGUAGGUCAGUGGGAGAGGGAGGGAAUUGGAAAAAUAGCCUGCGGGUGGGAACAGCGAUGGAAAGACAAUUUGUUGUAGCGCCAUGUAAUAUACACUGAGAGGGCAAAGCAGUUUGGAAAUGACAGAACGGGUAAGGUUUGCCAUUGCAUUCAUAUAUUUUUUAUGAUGAAUGAGUUUAUAUUGCACCGUAUUCCCUUAAUUAAACCCACAGGCUGGAAGGCCCCCCCCCCCCAAUGAAUAUCGUGCAGAGUAUAUUUGGGUUUACAUUGAAUUGAUGUUCUGCAUUCCCAAGAUGCAAAGAUAUGUAACACUUAAAGCUUUACUCCUUGUUGCAACUCUAUGGCAUAGGAAGUGACAUCCGUUGGGUUUCUGCCCGUCACCAAGCUAUUAAAGAUAGAGGGCGGGAUAGGCGAUGGUGCCAGGUCAGGAAGAGCUUCUGGUACCCAGGUGGUACAUGCCUGUUUUUAGAUUGCAGUCGGAACGUCCAUGCUUAGUUCCAGGGCUUCCUCUUAAUGUUUACAUUUCUGCUGUACGUUUGGUGGCCUCCUCAACCAUGAAGUUCACUGGGUGGCCAGUCCUUGGGCAAGUUGCUGAACUAAUUCCUAAUGAGGGAAUAGCCCAUGUGGUGCUCUUCAGACAUUGCUAGACUACAGCCACAUCUCUGACCCUUGACGGUGCUGGCUGGGGCUAAAGGGAAUUGCGAGUCCAGCAACAUCUGAAGAGCACUAUGCUGGUCACCCAUGCCCUUAAACCACUGUGGAUAAGCUGUGGCCCUCCAGGUUCCCAUCAUCCCUAGCCAUUGCGACAUGCUUGUUGGAGCUAAUGGGAGCUGUCGUGAACCAAAGUGUAGGGCCAAAGGUUUUCCACACUGGGCCUCAGAUACAUUAGCAAUGGCCAUGGGUUGCGGGGGGGGGGAGACCUACUUGGCAUGUAUAAUGUCCCAGGCUCACCUGCUGGUAGUUCCAGUUCAGAAGGAUCAGGUAGGAACAGGUGAUGUGAAACACCCUCUGCAUGAGACCCUGGAGAGCUUCUGCCAGAGUGGACAGUCUUGGGUUAGAUAGACAAAUAGUGUGACUUGGUAAAACACAGCUCCCUGAUGCCCAGUACGAUGAGAUAAAAGUUCAUUUAAGCAAGGCUGAGUGUUUUGUUUGAAAAGAGGGGCUCACAGAUGUGGAAAAUUCCUAGACAGUGCAAAGAAGCCCUCUCUGUUUUGUUCCGCAGGGUUAUUUACAAGCCUCCUGGAGUGAAGGAUCCCACCAGAGCAAUCAUGUCCCAACAGCACCUCUUCCUAGCAGCCCUCCUCCCAUUUCUCUUCCUACUUCCACCAGCAACUUCCAGCCACUGCCAGACGUUCCACAGAUCCAUCUGCAUGAAGCAGGACACCUUUGUGCCUGGCCAUAGCUAUAUUGGUGAGGGGGUGGACAUCACCUCACUGGAGAGAAAGGGAGCGUAUGUGGUGGACACCGGCCGAUGGCAGGGCCCCAACGGGACGUGCAAACUCUGCCGCAAUCCCUUGAUGAACGGGCAUCUGCAGAAAGUCCCCUUGGCUGGCGUGGACUGGCAGGUGGUCCGCUCGUGCCAUCGGCAAGUCAGCAGCUCCGUGGAGAAUUUGGAUGUGGAUGUCGCCAACGCGAUGGCCACGGAGGUGAAGAAUGACUGGAAAGUAGACCUGGGUUUGGAGAUGGAGACGAACAAUGACAGGGAAGAAGACCCGGGGCUGCCCAAGGCCCGCGUGGCUUUUGCUGGGUCUCGAUCCCGGAUGGCUAUUUAUGCGCAUGAAAAAUCCCGUCAGGACAGUUACAGCUUUGUGAGGCAAGAGAUUUCCUGCGCGUACUACAGGUGAGCACCAGUAGCCCUCUCAAGAGGGACUUGCGUAGUCUGGUACAGCAACUGCCCUGGUUGACAGUUCGUUUCUGGGCCCAAUUUAAGGUGUUCACAUUAGUGUUUAAAGUUCUAAGCGAUUCAGGACCUAAGUACCUGAAAGACUGCCUCCUUCCCCAUAGACACCCUCUGGUGUUAUGAGCAGCAGAGGGGACCCUCUUGGUUUCUCCGCCACUCUCACAAGCAUGGCCUAGGAGAAAACAUUCUCUGUGACAGCUCCUAUGCUGUGGAAUCCCUCCCCACAGAGGUGGGUCUGGCAUCUUCAUAAUUCAGCUUUCAGUGAAUGCUGAAGACACACCUCUUUACCCUGCCAUUCAUUCAUUCAUUCAUUCAUUUUUUUUCCAGUUUUAUACAUUUUAAUGAUUUUACAAUCAGUUUAACGUUUCAAAACUCGACUUCCUUCCCCCUCUUUCUGCGGUUCAUAUAUAUAUAUAUAUAUAUAUAUAUAUAUAUAUAUAUAUAUACACACAGUGGUGCCUCGCAAGACGAAAAGAAUCCGUUCCGCGAGUCUCUUCGUCUUGCGGGUUUUUUCAUCUUGCGAAGCAAGCCCAUUAGAGGUUUAGUGGCUUAGCGCUACAGUAUUAGCGGCUUAGCCGGCUUAAAGAUCAGCUGAUAAGCGGCUUAGCAUCAGCUGUUAAGCGGCUGAAAGAUCAGCUGAUAAGCGGCUUAGCAUCAGCUGUUAAGCGGCUUAAAGAUCAGCUGAUAAGCGGCUUAGCCAUCAGCUGAUAAGCGGUUUAGCGGCUUGGGAAAAAGGGGGGGGGAACCCCGCAGGAACUCGCAAGACAUUUUCGUCUUGCGAAGCAAGCACAUAGGAAAUUCGUUUUGCGAAGCACCUCCAAAACGGAAAACCCUUUCGUCUAGCGGGUUUUCCGUCUUGCGAGGCAUUCGUCUUGCAGGGCACCACUGUAUAUAUUUCUGCAUAUUCCAAAUUAACUCAAUUUACUCAUUUAUUCGUCUACUUUAAAUAUAUACCCUUAUAAAACUGCAGGUUAUUACAAUAAUCCUGCCAAUGUUCUUAUCUGUUUACAGUUUAUUUGUAAAUAUUCCAUAAACCAUUUUCAUUCUGUUAUAAAAAGGUUACCUUGAUUUCUUAUUUUUCCAGCAAGUUUCACCAUUUCUGCAUAUUCCAUAAGUUUUGGGAUCCAUUUUUCUUCCGCUGGGACUUCUUUUUCUUCUUUCCCUGCCUUUUGACACUUGCUGUGUACAUUUUUAGGGCCCACCUUGUUUCUGUGAUUGUUAAGUUGUUUUAUACAUCAUGUUUUAAUUGUAACCAUUCCAGGAUGAAGAGCAGACAAUAAAAUAAUAACAAUCUUUGCUCCUUCAGUACAGAAUGCUAUAAACUUGCUAUAAACUUUGCUUACAAGCUCCACUUUUUCUCUGCCUGUGCAGGCUGAGACUCCUCCAGAGACCCUCACUGCUGGCUUCCCACUUCUCCCGCGCUGUGGCCAGGCUGCCAAGGAAUAACAACUCUGAGGAAUACCAGCAUUUUAUCAACAUCUACGGCACCCACUACAUCAGCCAUGUGCAACUGGGUGGGCGACUGCGCCACCUGCUGGCUGUGCAAACGUGCAAGAUGGCCUUGUGGGGGAUUACCGCUUCCACCAUCCAGCGCUGCUUGAACUGGGGGGCUUCUCUAGGAGUUGACUGGCUGUUCGGCUCCGCUUCCCUGAGCUCCAGGUGUGAAGAUCUCAAGAGGGCCUACUCCCGUGGAAUCCUCGAGGACGCUGAUGCCAAGCAGCACAUCGAAGUUGUGGGAGGAGAUAAGCAGGUGGAGAUGCUCUUCUCCAAAGGUGGAGAAGCCCAACUCUUCUCCGCAUGGAUGGAGAGUGCAAAAACAAAGCCUGGGAUGGUUUCCUACUCCCUUCUACCCUUACACACCUUGUUGAACCAAAGAGACCCAAGGAGGGAUUUGCUGAAGCAAGCCAUUGUGGGUCAUAUCAACCAGAGAGCCCUCAAGAGGGACUGUCCACAACAGUGUCCACGCUGGAGCUCCCAGAGCUCAGGUGAGCAAUGCACCUGCCUGUGUCAGCAGGACGGCCUCAACAACGAUAUGUGCUGUGCCUGGCAGCGAGGCAGGGCCCGCCUCACGUUUGUUGUGGUCAACGGAUCCAAGCUUUGGGGCGACCACUUCACGGCCACCGAUGCUUAUGUCAGGAUUUUCUUCCAAGGUCAAGAAAUGAGAACCAGCGUCGUCAGAAACGAUAACAACCCUCAGUGGUCAGAAACCCUGGACUUUGGGACAGUCACAUUGGCAGACCACAAUUCUUUUGAGGUUCAGCUCUGGGACAAAGACGUCUGGCGGGAUGACCUUCUGCAGGGCUGUUUCCACCGGUUGGAGGCAGGGGCUGGGACUAUCCGGCACAGAUGUUAUGCGCCUCAUGGAUACGUCGAGUAUUAUUACUUGCUGGAAUGUGGCCGCACGUUGGGUGGCCCUAGCUGUCAAAAUUAUGUCCCCCUACGACUGCCAACUUCUCAUUUCAACUAG